UAUUCUAUUUCCGGUUUAAAGUGAACCUAUACAGAAUCAAGUCUGAGACAAAAGGCGGGGCCUGAUUGGCCAGUCCCUGUCGAGCUUGCUGAUCCUUCGUGAUUUUACGUGGGUUCAUUAUUAUGGUUAUGAGAUCAUAAUCAUGUAGUGUCAACUGGAAGGUACAUGUACUAUAUCCAUGUUGCUCUUUUAAUCGCUAAUAUACCAAUCGUUCAUACUAUCAGAUUCUGUUGUUUACAUAGAAAUGAAACAGGCAGCCAGCUAAGUCAGCCACCAUGCAAUCCCCAUAUAUUAGUAAUGCGGCUCCCGUCUGAUCUCAAUGCUGUUUCAAUUUUCUACUCACCGCAGAAGAAUAACAACAUUAAUCUUAUUCCGAGAUCAAGGAAUAUACUCAUUGGCGGCGAGAAUCAGAGUCCCGCCGUGGAUGGAGCAUGUCUUAGAAUAGCGGUGCUGAUCGUCCCGUCUGCCGAGGAGCCUAAGUCGCCAGGUCACCAUUGGGUCACUCAACCUGGUCAACCAUUAAUUGAUUAUACACCACAUGCACUGUGCUUGGCACGAUGUCAUUGCAUCUCUGCUCUCCCACUUGUCUCAGUUGUUGCGCCUCGGGAGGAUUGAGCUGUCCUCCCGACUACAUUCCAGCUGCCCGUCUUACGGUGCUGGGAUAUAAAGUGUCGGCCUCCCACGAUACCAGUUGACU